AUGGAACAUGACAAUGGAUUAUCGUAUACUAUUGUCGAUGGAUCUAUGGUAGAGGUUAUUAUACCAUAUAGGGACUUAGAGGAUGCGUAUGCUAAUGAAAGUUCCACUAAUAUGGAGGAAGCUCUUCGAUUAGAUGUGGAAGAAAUUGAAAAGGAAUUAAAUAGUAGUGACAUGGUAGUUGAUGAUGGAAGUGAUAUAACCAAUGGAGAUAGAGCAGAUCAUGUAUUUGUGGAUGAACCAAGUGAGAAUGGUAAUGGGGGUGAAAAUUUGUUUGUUGAUGAUCCAACGGAACACUUUGACAAUCUUGUUGAGCAUAAUGAGGAACUAUGUAUUGGGAAGUAUUUUGCCAAUGCAAACGAUGCAUAUGAAUUUUAUAACAAUUAUGCUUGGAAGAUGGGAUUUAGUGUUCGAAAAUCUAAAGUGAAGAGGUCAAGGAAAAGGAAAGAAGGAAUGGACGAGGAGGGGGAUGUCUUGUCUCGCAUGUAUGUUUGUAGUAGGGAAGGUUUUAAGGAUUACAAAGAUAGAAGACAAGAAGGGAAAGAUGUUACUCGUCGAGCUGAUAGUAGAGUUGGUUGUCCUGCUCGUCUGCGGAUUGCAACCACUCUAGAUGAUUGUGGUAUUGGACCGGCAACUAUUUAUGAGGUUGUGACAUCUAUGUCUGGUGGGGCCUCCAAGGUGGGUUUGCCAGAGUUAGCUUUUAAGAAUUUUAUGAAGAGGCAAAAUCAGAAGUUUCUUGGGAUGGACUUAAAAAAGUUAAUGGAAUAUUUGCACCAUUCCAAACUGUGUGAUCCUCAAUUCUUUUGCAAAAUGGCCACAACAGAUGAUGGUAGUGUACGGGGUAUCUUUUGGGUUGAUGGGCCGGCGAGAGCUGCAUAUCAUGUAUUUAGGGAUGUAGUGGUAUUUGAUACAACAUACAAGGAGAAUCGAUAUCACUUCCCGUUUGGUCCCUUUACCGGAGUAAAUCAUCAUGGUCAAAGUAUUUUGUUUGGAUGUGGGUUGAUAGCUGAUGAGACAAUUGAAUCGUUUAUUUGGUUAUUCUCUAUGUGGUUGAAAGCAAUGGGGGAUUGA